GGCUCCUCAGCGCCGCAUCAUGUGGGCCGGCCCCUUCCAUGGAGCCGGGGCUGCUGCCGAGCGCCUCCUGGGCGUACGCCGCCAUGAGGCUCUGAGGGGCGGCUGCGUGCGGAGGACCCAGUCGGUCGUGCUGCAGAGCACCCCAAGCCUAACACUGGCCUUGCCCCCAGGCAGGAGAGCCCAGUGCUGCAGCCGCUGCUACUGCCGCCGCCGCGGGUCCAGCCGGGCGGGCGGGAGGCCCGGGGCCAUGUAAAGCGGCAGCGGCCGUGGGGAGCCAAGCCGAGCUCGGGGAGAAGAGUCGCUGCCGCCGGCCGGGGAGGCCCCGCGGGGGGGAUCAUGGCGACGUCUAAUCUCUUAAAGAAUAAAGGUUCACUUCAGUUUGAAGACAAAUGGGAUUUUAUGCGCCCUAUUGUUCUGAAACUUCUUCGUCAGGAGUCUGUCACAAAACAGCAGUGGUUUGAUCUUUUUUCAGAUGUACAUGCAGUUUGCUUGUGGGAUGAUAAAGGUCCAGCAAAAAUCCAUCAGGCUCUGAAGGAAGACAUCCUUGAUUUUAUUAAACAAGCACAAGCAAGAGUGCUGAGUCAUCAAGAUGAUACAGCUUUACUAAAAGCAUAUAUAGUGGAGUGGCGCAAGUUCUUCACGCAGUGUGAUAUUUUGCCCAAGCCGUUUUGUCAGUUAGAGAUUACCUUAAUGGGCAAGCAGGGCAGCAACAAGAAGUCUAAUGUAGAAGACAGUAUUGUUCGAAAGCUUAUGCUAGAUACAUGGAAUGAAUCCAUAUUUUCAAAUAUAAAAAAUAGACUUCAGGACAGUGCAAUGAAACUAGUUCAUGCUGAAAGACUAGGAGAAGCUUUCGACUCUCAGCUUGUUAUUGGAGUUCGAGAAUCAUAUGUGAACCUUUGUUCUAAUCCUGAAGAUAAACUUCAGAUAUAUCGAGAUAAUUUUGAAAAGGCGUACUUGGAUUCAACAGAGAGGUUUUAUAGAACACAGGCUCCUUCUUAUUUACAGCAAAAUGGUGUACAGAAUUAUAUGAAAUAUGCAGAUGCUAAACUAAAAGAAGAGGAGAAAAGAGCACUACGGUAUUUAGAAACAAGACGUGAAUGUAACUCAGUAGAAGCACUGAUGGAAUGCUGCGUCAAUGCCCUGGUGACAUCUUUUAAAGAAACUAUUUUAGCUGAAUGCCAAGGCAUGAUCAAACGAAAUGAAACAGAAAAGUUGCAUUUAAUGUUUUCACUGAUGGAUAAAGUUCCGAAUGGGAUAGAGCCUAUGCUAAAAGACUUGGAAGAACAUAUCGUUAGUGCUGGACUUGCAGAUAUGGUUGCAGCUGCUGAAACUAUUACUACUGAUUCUGAAAAAUAUGUAGAGCAAUUGCUCACGCUGUUUAAUCGAUUUAGUAAGUUGGUUAAAGAAGCUUUUCAAGAUGAUCCAAGAUUUCUUACUGCAAGAGAUAAGGCAUACAAAGCAGUUGUGAAUGAUGCUACAAUAUUUAAACUUGAAUUGCCAUUGAAGCAAAAGGGUGUUGGAUUGAAAACACAACCAGAAUCCAAAUGCCCAGAGCUUCUUGCUAAUUACUGUGAUAUGUUGCUAAGAAAAACACCACUAAGCAAAAAACUAACCUCUGAAGAAAUUGAAGCAAAACUUAAAGAAGUGCUUUUGGUACUUAAAUAUGUACAGAAUAAAGACGUUUUCAUGCGAUAUCACAAAGCUCACUUAACAAGACGUCUGAUAUUAGAUAUAUCAGCUGAUAGUGAAAUUGAGGAGAAUAUGGUGGAAUGGCUCAGAGAAGUGGGAAUGCCAGCAGACUAUGUAAACAAGCUGGCUAGAAUGUUCCAGGAUAUCAAAGUGUCUGAAGACUUGAACCAGGCCUUCAAAGAAAUGCACAAGAAUAAUAAACUUGCUUUACCAGCUGACUCUGUCAAUAUCAAAAUUUUAAAUGCUGGUGCCUGGUCCCGAAGUUCUGAAAAGGUGUUUGUGUCUCUGCCCACGGAAUUAGAAGAUCUCAUCCCAGAAGUUGAAGAAUUUUACAAAAAGAAUCACAGUGGUAGAAAACUGCACUGGCACCACCUCAUGUCCAAUGGAAUUAUAACAUUUAAGAAUGAGGUCGGCCAGUACGACUUGGAGGUAACAACAUUUCAGCUAGCUGUGCUUUUUGCAUGGAACCAAAGACCCAGAGAGAAGAUCAGCUUUGAAAAUCUUAAACUGGCAACUGAACUCCCUGAUGCAGAACUUAGGAGGACUUUAUGGUCUCUUGUAGCAUUUCCAAAGCUGAAACGUCAGGUUUUAUUGUAUGAACCUCAAGUCAAUUCACCCAAAGACUUUACAGAAGGAACCCUCUUCUCCGUGAACCAGGAGUUCAGUUUAAUAAAAAAUGCUAAAGUUCAGAAAAGGGGCAAGAUAAAUUUGAUUGGUCGAUUGCAACUUACUACAGAGAGAAUGCGGGAAGAGGAAAAUGAAGGAAUAGUCCAGCUAAGAAUAUUGCGAACCCAGGAGGCUAUCAUCCAAAUAAUGAAAAUGCGGAAGAAAAUUACUAAUGCCCAGCUUCAGACUGAACUGGUAGAAAUAUUAAAAAACAUGUUCUUGCCACAAAAGAAAAUGAUAAAAGAGCAAAUUGAAUGGCUUAUAGAGCACAAAUAUAUCAGAAGAGAUGAAUCGGAUAUCAACACCUUCAUAUAUAUGGCAUAAUUGGAGGACUCUGCAGGAUGCUGAGAACAUAAAUGGAGGGGUGCUUGGACAGACUGCUGCAACAGUUUGUGCUGCAGGAGGACUGGUUUUGACUUUUCGUUACCUAUUAAAAAUCCCUGCCUUACCUUACAGAGGACUAUAUUUUGCCAAUUUCAUUCAGCUAGCAUGAUGGCAUUCCCUUCAUGUUGCACACUUUUAACAGCAUGCUGUUUUGUGGGAAACUUGCAUUCAUGAAGAGCCCAUUGUGAACUUUUUAAGUAGAUUUGAUUUAUACCCACCAGGAAGAACACAGGUUUGGGUUUUUAGAUUACCAGUACUUGCACAAGGAAAAAAAUACUCAAAUAUUCAUGCACUGAGGAACUGCUAUUAGUUUUGUUUGAGGUUGGUUUGUUUGGGUUGUUGUUUUGGGGUUCUUUUUGUUUGAUUUUUUUUUUUCUUUUUUCUCUCUCUCUUGUGUUUGGGGUUCUUUUGUUGGUUUGGUAUUUUUGUUGGGCUUGGGUGGUUUUUGUUUUGGUUUUUUUGGGUGUUUUUUUUUAAUGCAAUUAGGACUAGAAGUAGCACUUUCACUUUUGUGUUUUUGGAUCAACAGAGUAAUGUACUGUCCUUUGAUCCUUUCUGUGUGAUAACAUUUGAGAGACACACAUGCAUCACAACUGAUAAGUAUUUGUUACCGUUAAAACCUGUUGGCUAGAGCAGUGCUUCAGUCUAGUAACUGGAUUUUAGUAAUUGACACGUAAGUAACAUAAAAUUAAUUCCAGGUCAUGGGUGAUACUUUUCCUUAAGCAAGGGAUCAUUGUUUUUAAAUCGUUUGCUGUAAACAAGUGGAUAUACAUUAAUCAUUACCUUAUUUGGAUGUAUGAUUUGCUACAAUCCUUUUUGAGAAGGUAGAGCUUUCUUGAAUUAUACUUCACUCUAAAACUAGUUUCCAUGGUUGGGUCCAUUCUACUGAACAGAAAUAUUAAGUGUAUUUUAUGUACAUUUAAUAUUCGUAUCCCAAAUAUUUAAAUCUGACUACAUAUACCUGAAUGCAUUAAAGAGUAAUUAAUGUACAACUCUCCCAGAAGGAAAAUAACACUUGAUGAGCCCUGUACUACUAAUUUUUCAUUGGUAACUUUAUAUACACGUACAAGGUUAAUGCAAUUGGACUGGUUUGUUUAGAAUUCAGCAUCUUUGUAUGAAAAACAAACCCUCUGCUUUUUUAUUUUAAAACUGGCAGGAUAAUAUAAUUUUAACAAAAAUGGUAAAAAGCUAAGGAAAAAUACCUUGUUUAGUCAAUGCAGAGAGAGUGCCAAAUACACAUCAGGAAUUUCAGCUUUUUAAUCAUACCUCUUCUAUUUUCAAUCAUCUGAAGUAGUUGUUUGGCACUGCCUGCCUCUCUGCUACUCUGAAAUGUCCCAGAAUGUACUGGACUGAUAACAUGAAUCACAAGCAGAGUGCCUGUCUUGGGACAAAAGGUAAGUUGAGCUUUACGCAGUUCUGUGUGAGUAUUGUUCUAUAAAUCACAGAUGUGUGCAGUUUUUUAAUUAACCUGUUCAAGUUCAGCAUCUAAGGGUCUCCUCUUCUUUGAUGAUUGAAAGAGGAGACAAUUAACUUUAGUCUAAAAGGUAAACCUUCAAGUAACUAAGAAGAGGAGUUUUGCUUUCACUUGGUUGCAGUGUACAAUAAGAGUGGUAUAAAAGCAAACUCUGCAAGAAUAGCUGUUUGUGCCCUUCAGCAGGCUGCAUGCUCUGUAUUCAUGUAAAUGCCAGUGUGACUGCCUGAGGACAGCGUGUACAUGGGCAUCUGUUUAAGACAUUUUUGGUAGUGAGGGUUUUGUAAUGAGAGAUGGAGAGAAAUCAAGACUUGGCCAAUUACCAUUGAUUGAAGUCCCACAGCUUAUGUCAACAUGCCUUUAUUGACACUCAAAAGUAGAUGCGGUUUAAAAAAUAUUGCAUCUUUUCUGUUGGCCCUGUGGUGUUACAAUUCAGACUCAAAAGCAAGUGGUGCUCUGUGUAGGUAACCAGUUAAACUAUUUCAACAUCAGAAAACAAAAUUCUAAUAAAAAACUUUGUGCUGCAAGACUUUUCAGUCUUUGUAACUUAAAAGUAAUAAAUACUCACUUGGGGUAACUGGGGGGGGGGGGGGGGGGAAAUGAAACCGUACAGGAGAAGAACAGAUAUGAAAUUGUCACACAGAAAUAACUACAAAGAGGUUAAUGCAGAUUCUGAAGCCAUUUAGUUAGAUUUCAGAGAGGAGUGUAACAGAUACAGCUCUUUAACAAGCAGGAGUGCAUGUAGAAAGCAACACACUGCUAAAAGCUAAGGAGCUACACGUUCCCUCAACCAAUAAACAUAAUACAGUCUAAAUGUUAUCUGUAUUUCUGGACACUUGGGAUGCAGAAAUAGAAUGGGUAAUGUGCCUAUAAUGUGUAAUUUUUCUUUAAAUAUAUACUGGAAAUGGAUGUCGGGUUUUUUAUUCAAUCUGAGACUCACACCAGCAAAUUUGUUACAGAUGCAGAAUCAAUUUAAUGUCCUUCAUCAGGUUACUUUCACCAAUAUGCACUUAAAACUAGGAUCACCUGGGGCACAGGGCGAUACGUGGGGUAAACUGUUAUUUUGGGGAGGGUAGAGUUCAGAUCUAAUGGAAAUGAACUAUUCUUCACUUGCAAUAUGGCAACAAUGCACUUUUAAGGCUGCAGUUUUUAGCUAUGAAUAUGUAUGUCCAAAGACCUAGCUUAAAGAGGUGCUGCAUCUGAAAAAACACGUUGCCACAUGCACUGCCACGGUGAAUAGCUACGGAGUGAAACCUGGUGUAGAAAGCGGGGGGUGGGAGGGUGGGGGAAUCAGUGGGUUUGAUUAAGAAAUACUGUUAAAACUUUUUCUGUCCCAACAACUUGAUGACGAUCUCAGUUUCAAUUCUGAAGUCUUCCAUUUUCCUCUUUCCACAGUUGGUGUCCCUAGCUUCUAUUUUUAGUCAUCUUUCACUUGUUAGGACUGUAAUGCAAAGACUUUUCCGAAAGACGAUGUGACUUUCUCAUUUUCACCUUUCUAAACGUCAUGAAUGUUCACGUUACAUUUAUCUGCAUUGGGAUGCCAUUGUCCUGUCAAGUGCAAAUUUUAAAAAGUACAAUUGGCAAAAAGCUUUGAUAGUUUUACAGAAAGAUUUGCUAUCUUAAACUCAAACUCUUUUCUAUUUUCAUCUAAAUGACUGGGAUGCUAUCUUUGUAAUUCUUCGAGGUCCUAUUUGUGAAAUAAACAAUACAUGAAAGCUUUCCUGUCAUAUACACUAUAUGUAGUCUGGAGUGUUGAGCAAACUUGAGUUCAUGAGUUGUAAUAUCUAUCUGCGUAUGGUAUUUACAAUUUUGAAUGUGUGCCACUACCGAGAUAAUAAUGCUGUACAGUUUUGAAUGGUGGUAGUUUCUGUAUGGCAGUCCAGCUAAACUAUUUUGAUGUAUUGCUUAAUUUUUGAAUUUUAUUUUUUAAGUUGUAUAAUUUAUUUUCUUGCAAAAUAAAAAUGUAAUAUAAAAGACUA